UAGCUUUGAGAGGGGUGUCUUGAUGAAUUCCCCGAUAUUAACACAGCCACGACCCCCGUCGUACACUGAGGUGGUGGUCAGAGAUGGACAUCCCGUCCCCCAGUCUCUUACGUACCUGGACUCGUUGUCAGAGGUUAAGGUGUUGCAGAAAUUGGACGAGUAUGAAGCUCUUUACCUGAAGACACUUUUUGAAAGAAGGAACAGCUACUACAUUGCUGAUGAAAAUGAAAGGGUGUUUUUCUUUGCCAAAGAAGUCACAGAACCGUUAUCAAGACUGUGUUGUAACUCUCGUGCGUUGGAGAUACAUAUAGUAGACGACUACGGUGUGACGUUGAUGAUUCUAAGGCGCCCUCUACGCUGCACGAGCUCCUGCUGGUGGUGCUGUUGUCUGCAGGAUGUAGAGAUCGAAUCACCUAUGGGAAUCGUUCGUAGCUACGUCAGGGAGAAAUGGACACCUUGGUGGUCUGCAAUGGACGUCGUCCAUCCAGAGGGUGAAGUGUUGUAUAACAUCCGGGGACUUUGUUGCACCUGUAGAUUGCGCUGUCACAACUCGUUACAGGUAUUCGAAGCGAAGAGUAAAGUGAAGGUGGCUUCUUACCACAAAUACUGUAAAUCCUGCACGGAUUUUGUGGGCGGGUUAAAUGACUUCUCUAUCAAGUUUCACGAAGAAAUCACAGCAGAAGACAAGCUGCUGUUGUUAGGUGCCGGAUUUAUCGUGGAUCUUGUUUAUUUGGAGUACAGAUCAUAUUGACGGUCGAAUUUAAUCAGUGAAAAACUUAAUGAUUGCCUCGACCAAAUGUAUAGAUAUAUUAUUUUGUGUAAUAAA